GCCACGAGUCGCUCGGCGAGGAUGACGACACUGCUGCUGCUGCUGCUGUGCGCGCUGCUGGGCCUGCUGGCCUGCCGGGCCUGCUGGCGCGGAUGCGCCAAGCCGCGCAACUUCCCGCCAGGGCCGGCGUGGCUGCCGUUGCUGGGCUGCCUGGCGGCGUUCCACCGGGUGCACCGGCGCCGCGGCUACAUGUACCUGGCCUUCGAGGAGCUGUCGCGCCGUUACGGGCCGGUGCUCGGCCUGAAGAUGGGCCGCCAGCGGCUGGUCGUCGUCUCGGGCCACGAGCUGGUGCGCGAGGUGCUGCUGCGCGACGAGUUCACCGGCCGGCCCAACGGCUUCUUCUUCCGCGCGCGCUCCUUCGGCAAGGAGCUGGGGGUGCUGUUCAGCGACGGCCCCACCUGGUCGCAGCACCGGCGCUUCGCCGUGCGCCACCUACGGGCCUUCGGCUUCGGCCAGGCGUCGAUGGCGCGCCAGCUGGAGCGCGAGGCCGGCUGCCUGGUGGACUGGCUGCGGCGGCGCGCGGCCGCCGGCCCGGUGCCCGUGCAGCGCGCUUUCGACGUGGCCGUGCUCAACUCGCUGUGGUGGAUGUUCGCCGGGCACAGGUUCGAGCACGCCGACCGCACGCUCCACGACAUUCUGCGGGUGGUCCACGAGAUCUUCCGCCUGAGCGACACCGUGGGCGGCCUCAUGUCGCACAUGCCCUUCCUGCGCCACCUCGCGCCCGGACUAACCGGCUACAACGAGUUCAUGGCCAACAUGCGCCGGCUAUGGGUCUUCCUGGAGCGCGAGAUCGCCGAGCACGAGGCCAACAUGUCCGGCCAGCCGCCCCGCGACCUCAUCGACGCCUUCCUCGUGGAGAUCCAGCGUCGCGGCCGCUCGGAGCCCGACUCCAUCUUCGACCGCGACAACCUGCUGAUCCUCUGCCUAGACCUGUUCCUUGCCGGCUCCAAGACCACCAGUGACACGCUCGUCAACGUGUUCGCCUUCCUCGCGCUGCAGCCGCACUGGUUGCGCGAGCUGCAGGACCAGCUGGACAGCGUGGUGGGCAGGCACAGGCCACCCAGUCUGGCCGAUCUGCCGGCUCUACCCAAGCUCGAGGCCUUCCUCGCCGAGGCUCAACGGACCCUGGUGAUGGCGCCUCUGGGGAUCCCGCAUCGGGCCGUCGCCGACGUCACUCUGGCCGGAUACUCCAUUCCCAAGGACACCGUCGUGCUGCUGAACUACCACAGCGUGAACAUGGACGAGGCCCACUUCGCCGAGCCGCAGGAGUUCCGGCCGCAGCGGUUCAUCGACGACAGCGGCAAGUUCCGGGCUAUCGGCGCGGCGAUGCCUUUUGGAAUCGGUAAACGGCGAUGCCUCGGCGAGGGUCUGGCGCGCUCGUCGCUCUUCCUGUUCUUCAGCUACGUGAUACACUACUUCGACCUGAAGCCCUCGGAGGCGCACGGCAAGCCCGACCUCAACGGCUACGACGGCUUCGUCAUCUCGCUGAAGCCCUACUAUCUCGAGCUCACGCCGAGGACCGACAUUGCCAGCGCGUUCUGCGAUUGACAGUCCGCAUUGCUCGAGCACAAGACCAACGUUCCGCGUAUUCAUGGGAGAGCACGUCCAGCUGAGUCGGCGAGAGAGACGACGUACGUCCAGUAGGACAUAAAUGCCCCCGAUGCUUCUGCAAUGGGAGGCGAUGCCGAGUCGCGGUUGGCCAGUGGCGCGGCGAAGGACUCGAAAGCGCGCGCCGUCGUGACGAUCGAAGUCUGGAUGGCACACGCGACUGGUGUGCCCGAGUGCGCGCGGUCGCACGUGUCACGGGGACGAUAAUCGCCUCGACGCGCCGCCGCGGGCUCUUCGCAUUCAAUGGCCACGGCCGACUCCGAGCAUCGGACACCCGUCGACGAUCGCCAGACAUUCGCUGCGACGAGUGCGUCAAGCUUUUUACGUGCUUCUUUCGGCUCAUUGUUUUAAAAACUACCUCGCGUGAGUUACGCGCGGAGAUUUUCGCUGGCGUUGCUCAGCAGCUUACUGCAUCGGCUCGCGUUUCUGUUUAGAAUUGCAAGUACAAUGGUCGUUUUUCUUUCGAAUCAACGUCCUAGCUUUUUAUUUUAUCAAACGGUAACGAGCAUCCGCCCGAGAAUCACUGAACUGAUUCAAACUGCAGGCUGAUUAUCAAUACGAAUGAAGCACAAUCACUUUUUAAAUGUAAUAUCAUAAUUUGUAAAAUGCAGACAUUACCGAAGAUAAAGAUAAAUCAGUUGAAGGCGUUGGCCGAAAAUGCGUGGGUACUAGUAUGAAUUAAGUCUUUGACGUGGACGAAUAAAAAGUUACC